CUCAUAAGCCUCGACCCGGUUCUCUCGAAACCAUCCACCACUCGAGCUCUCUUUUCUGAAGCCGCAAGCGAGCACACAGCACAAGUAGCAGUUUCCCUGUCAGAUAUUUUCUUCGGUUUAGCCACCAUGACUGCCAUGGCCAAGCCCGCCGCCUCGGCGCCCAAGCCGAAGAAGCCCUCCGCCCACCCGACAUACUUCGAGAUGAUCAAGGAGGCGAUCGCGGCGCUCAAGGACAGGACCGGGUCGAGCUCGGUCGCCAUCGCCAAGUACAUCGAGGAGAAGCACGGCAAGGCUCUCCCGGCCAACUUCAAGAAGAUGCUCUCCGUCCAGCUCCGCGCGUCCGCCGCCAAGGGCAAGCUCGUCAAGGUCAAGGCCUCGUACAAGCUCUCCGACGCCGCCAAGAAGGACGCGCCCAAGGCCAAGAAGGAGGCCGCGAAGCCCAAGAAGAAGGCGGCCGCGAAACCAAACAAGGCCGUCGCCGCCGCCGGCACGAAGCGCAAGGCGCCCGAGAAGAAGAAGCUGGUCGCCAAGGCCAAGAAGUCGCCUGCGGCCAAGUCCAAGCCGAAGCCGAAGACCGUCCGUUCCCCGGCCGCCAAGAAGGCCCGGAAGGUCGCCGCCGCUUGAUCUGAUCUGCUCUGAUAGGUCGUUUUAGGUGUGCUUUGGUGUUCAGGAUCUGUACAAAAAUGAUGCCUCAUCCUCCCUGUAUCGUGGGUGGUGUCUAGUGUCUGAAAUUGUUCAAAUGAAUUUGCAGUUUCCCAAUUUCUACAUGUUUAUUCCUAA